AUGCGACGGAGCUGCGCAAGCUGUCUGUUGGAGGCGGGAACGGUGCCGCGGGCGCGCGUGUUCGUGAGCGCGCGCUGGCAGCACGCGACGGAGCCGAUUGCGGCGAAGAUGGUGGAGCGGCUGUGCAAAGUGCUGAAUUUUGAAUCCCUCGACCUGCUGUUCAUGAACGAUCCCAAGGUGAAGACGGUGGAUAUCGGCCCGCGAUGGGCGCAAAUGGAGAAAGUCAAGACGAUGGGGCUUGUGCGGAACAUCGGCGUUAUGAACUUUACUCGGGACCAGAUCGUCGAGCUAUUUAUCAAGGCGAAAAUACGCCCGGCAGUGCACCAGCUCGUAUUCAAUCCCUACGCCGACCCGCAAGCGCUUGAGAUCGUGGAGCUGUGCCAGAGCCUCGGCAUGGUUAUCAUGGCGCUCGACCUGCUGCCACCCGCAACCGCCCUCAUGCCCGGCCUCCUCACUGGUCCAUUAACCGAAAUCGCCAAACGAUGUGCCAGCUCAGGCAACAGAAUACCUACGUCUCCGGCCCAGGUGCUGCUCGCAUGGGCGAAGAUCAAGGGCGUCGCCCCGAUGUUAACGAAGAUCGAGGACAAGUGGCCCGCGGACAUGUUCGAGGUCGCGCACGUCGUCCCUGCGUUCAAUGACGGCAAUCGACCUCCGGAUCAUCGACCUCGUCGGGGCGGAGCGCUAUCGACGGGACAAUGCCGGCGCGGCGCGUGA